CAUAUAGCUUGGUUCGAAUCACAACAUAUUAUUCUACGAUCGAAUUAGAGACAAACCUCGUUCGAAAGAAAACAAAACCAUGAUUCCAGUUUGGCCGCUGCUACUUCUAUUUUCUAUUUCUUCUCCAAUUGCUGAUGCAACAAGAAGCUCGCUGAUGAAGUCCAACGCCGUCUGCUCCGGCCAGAGAGUGAGCAUUCCAUCCUCUAGCGGCGCUUGGCUGCCGCUGAACCACCGCCAUGGCCCGUGCUCGCCGUCUCCUUCCUCGGAGAGGAUACCGUCCACGGCCGACGUGCUCCUCAGCGGCCGACUCCGUGCCGACAGCAUCCGGAGGCGCUUGAACGGCAGUGCUGCCGCCGCAGAGCGCAGCGACGUCGUCACCGUUCCGACCACUCUAGGCACCUCCCUGGGCAACUACGAGUACGUGGUCACCGUGGGCCUCGGCACGCCGGCAGUCACCCAGACGGUGAUCAUGGACACCGGCAGCGACGUCUCGUGGGUGCAGUGCCGCCCGUGCCCCGUCCCGGCGCCGUGCCACGUCCAGAAGGACCCAGUGUUCGACCCGGCCGGGUCGGCCACGUACUCUGCCUUCUCCUGCAGCUCGACGGCGUGCCUGGGCCUUGGCCGACGCCGUGCGGCCUCCAAUGGCUGCUCCGGGUCGUCGCCGUGCCAGUACAUCGUGAAGUAUGGCGCCGGCUCCAACAGCACCGGGACGUACAGCUCCGACAAGCUGACGCUGACCCCGGCGUACGCCGUCGACGGGUUCCGGUUCGGCUGCAGCCACGCCGACCCACUGUUCAGCGACCUCACCGACGGGCUCAUCGCCCUCGGCGGCGGCUCGCUGUCGCUCGUGUCGCAGAUGGCGGAGAAGGCCUUCUCUUACUGCCUCCCGCCGACGGCGAGUCACUCCGGGUUCUUGACGCUCGGUGUGCCGCGCGUCUCCUCCUCCAGGUUCGUGGUGACGCCCAUGCAUAGCAUCGGCAACAUCAAGACGUACUACGGCGUGCUCCUGCAGGGCAUCACGGUGGCCGGGAGGCGGCUCGGCAUUCCGCCGUCGGUAUUCGCCGCCGGCUCGGUUGUCGACUCGGGCACGGUGGUCACGGAGCUGCCGCUGACGGCGUACCGCGCGCUGCAGGCGGCGUUCACGAAGGAGAUGAGGAUGUACCCGCAGGUGGCUCCGAAGAACGGUUUCGACACGUGCUUCAACCUGACCACCGGCGGCGAGGUCAAGCUGCCGAGCGUUGCCCUGGUGUUCGACCGGGGCGCCACCGUGGAGCUCGACCCGUCUGGGAUCAUCUUCGACGGCUGCCUCGCGUUCGCCUCCACUGGAGACGACACCUCCUUUGGGAUCAUCGGCAAUGUGCAGCAGAGGACGUUCGAGGUGCUGUACGACAUCGCCGGCCAGGCCGUGGGAUUCCGCCGCGGCGCUUGCUGAGCUUGAGCGUGCUUGGUUGACCGAUCAAGAAUAAUGAAUUUCUGAGCAGAGCAUGUUGUUAAGUUGUAACCACACUUUGCUACUAUUUCCUAAGUAUUGUGUCAUCUAUAAUUCUAUAUAAAAAAUGGCCAACCCUCCAAUUUAUCAAA